AUGGCUUCGGUGAUUAACGAAAUGCCUAAAAGAAAGAAAGAGCAACAUCAUGAUGAUGAUGACAAUGACUCAUUGUCGUCACAUAAUAAUAAGAAACCUCGUCGUGUGGUUUGGUCUGAUGAUCUUCAUGCAAAGUUUGUUGAUGCUGUUGAUGUACUUGGCAUUGCAAAUUCAAAGGUUGUUCCGAGUAAAAUAGUUUCUUUAAUGAAUGUUGAUGGAAUUACUACCGCUCAUGUCGCUAGCCAUCUCCAGAGAUACAGACUUCGUAACAAAGAGGCUGCACAUGAAGCUGAUAGAGAUAGGGUUCCUUCAACAAAGAUUCUUCAGGCUACUGAUCAAUCUCAAAACAUCACCAACAGCUCCUUUAACAAAAAGCAUGUCCAUCAAUCUCACACACAAAUGUACUCUCCAACCGGUUUCAACAUGAGUGGAGUCUCUCCUUCAACACUAAUUCAAUCUCAAAAUAUCAACAUCCAUCCACCACCAUCCACUUUUCCUAGAAAUCAUUACACCUCUAGUGCUCCAACUCAUGUUAACCAAUAUACUACUCCACUUGGAUUUCCAACAACCUUCGACGACUUCCAUGGAUCAUCUGCUUCUUCAACACUCAUUCAACCUAUUCAAUCUCAAGCUAUCAACAACACCUCGUCAAUCAUCCAUUCACCACCAUCCACAUUUCCUAUAUAUCAUCACACCUCUACUUUUCCAACUAUUGGUAACCAAUCUACAACUCCACUUCGAUUUCCAACAACCUUCGACAACUUCCAUAAUGUAGGAGGGACAUUUCUUGGAUCUUCUUCAACACUCAUUCAACCUAAUCAAUCUCAAGCUAUUAACAACAGCUCGUCAAUCAUCCAUCCAACACCGUACAAGUUUCCAAUAUAUCAUCAAAGCCCUACUUUUCCAACUCUUGUUAACCAAUCUACAACUCCCCUUGAAUUUCCAACAACAUCCCACUUCCAUGACAUUAGGGCUACUAACUACCCUUUUGUUGGACCUUCUUCAAAAACCACAAGAAGCAUUUCGGAUUAUGAAGAUCUGAUAAGGGAACCUCAGCUACUUCCGUUUCCCCACAAUUCUUUGCCAGUGUUGGAGUCUCACAAAACAAGUCAAAAUAGUCAAAUGAAUUCACAGCAUGCACAUAAUGUAGAGCCAAUUAUUGUUGGAUCAUCUGCUUCUUUGGAAGACACAAACUAUAAUCUGCGGAAUGAUGAUAGUUUUAUUGACUUUUCCGCUGAAGAAACAGAUCCUCAGACUUUAGAGGACAUUAGAAAGAUGGGGGAAGGCAUAGAAGAUGAUGAUCUCCUUAACUCUUGGAAGCGCUUUCUAGAAGAGGAUGUCACUAAUCUUAUGUGA